GAGAAGCAUGCACAAGAGCGCUCCAGCACCACCUGAACUUGCCACAAUUUCCAGCAGAAAGAUCUCUGACAAACGGCAUCAUGAGUGUGAGGGUCAAACAGAAAAGACGAUCCAGAGCUUAUUCCUCCACGGAAGGCUUCAGCAGCAGGUCAAUGGGAUCCAACCAGGUCCCCAAAGCCAGCGCCACAAAUAAAGUGGUUCCCCUUCGACCUGUUACGUUCAACAGGAGCCUUCUUACUCCUCUGAAGAUAGACAUGGAUCCUGCUUCCCAGGCUCUGCGCAUCCAGGAGAAGGAGCAGAUCAAGGGCCUGAAUAACCGCUUCGCAUCAUACAUCCAAAAGGUUCAGCUGCUGGAGCAAGAGAACAAAAUGCUGGAAACCAAGUGGCAGCUUGUGCAGAAUCAGACCACCGCUUCCACCAAUAUUGAGCCCAUAUACAGAAGCUUCAUCGAUAACCUGCAAAGACAGCUGGACCUUGCCCUCAGAGACAAAGCACAACUUGAGAGGGAGAAGACCGGCAUGAUCAAUCAAUUGGACAAUUUCAAAACAAAGUAUGAAGAGGAGCUCAACAGAAGGGCUGAGGGAGAACAAGUCUUCGUUAAUCUCAAAAAGGAUGUGGAUACUUCCUACACCGCCCAGGUGCAAUUAGAAACCACAAAGGCAGCUCUUGCAGACGAGGCCACUUUCCUCAAGGCUAUUUAUGAAGCUGAGCUGAGAGAGCUGAACGGGAGCAUGGGGGAUACCUCUGUAGUGGUGGAGAUAGACAACUCCCGCAACCUGAACAUGGAUCAGAUUAUUGCUGAUAUCAAGGCUCAGUAUGAGGAAGUCGCUGCCCGAAGUCGCGAAGAAACAGAAAUAUGGUACAGGACAAAGGUUGAGCUGAUGACGGAUAAGGCAAACCAGUGUGACAACGAGCUGCAUUCCACCAAGGCGGAAAUAGCUGAGCUCAAACGGAUGAUCAAUCGCGUGAAGCAUGAAAUCGAUGUUACAAAUGCUCAGCGCGCCACCGUCGAAACCAGCAUUGUUAAUAUGGAUGAAAGUGGGGAAAAAGCCGUGCUGGAUGCCAGAGAACGCAUCAAGGCGUUGGAGCAAGCUUUGAUGGAAGCUAAACACUUCAUGACUAAACAGGUCAAGGAAUACCAGGAGCUCAUGAACGUCAAGCUGGCCCUGGACAUCGAGAUUUCCACAUAUAGAAAACUGAUGGAAGGAGAGGAGGCAAGAAUCGGACACAAGGACGCUGUCAAUAUCCGUUCAGUACCCACUAGAAAUAUGAGCCCAGCACCCACCAAAGCCCCUGUUCAGCGGCGAAGGUCAGGCCCAGUUCUCAUCAAGACUGUAGAGACCCAAAACACCUCAUACAACUAAAGCAGAACUCAGACUGCAGCAAUCAGACCUGCCGGAUCCCCACAGCGUCCAGAUUAAAUCCUGAUGGUGUUUGUGGAAUGAGUCGUGUGUGUGUAUUUGUUGUUUGUGUUGGUCUCCUCUUGAACUGUGCAGGAAAAUUCAUCUGGAUGUCAACAUGUCUUCCUGUCCUUGGUGUCAUCAUUUAUUAAAAAAUGUCAUCUGCAUGGGUGCUUUCAGUGAACAUUUACCCGCCUUGUAAAAAGUUUAACCUGAAUUUUCAGUAUGCAGAAACUAAGAAUAUAUUCAAUGUUUUUCUUAUUAAGUGUGUUUUGCAGUGGUUGGGAAUUUUGUACAGAUCUCAAAGCUAUGUUAAGUAAAUAAAUUAUAUGAAUUUGU